UUAUGUAAUAAGUACUUUGUCUUAACAUAUUUUAUUUUUAUAAUUAUUUUCUCUUCCUUCAAUUUUAUUGAUUGCGCAACAAAUCUAAAUUAAUAUAUUAUUAACUAGACUAGAUAAUAGUUGGCAAUUUUAUUACCUACUUAAUUAAAAAAUAAAAUAUUUCAUUUAUACUUCUUUGUUUUUACUGAUUGAAACCUUACAAAGUUGAAUAGCUAUCACUUUACUCUCACAUUUAAUCCUAAUCAGUAAAUUUCAAUGUUUGUUUUUUUUUUUUUUAAUAUUUUUAACUAUUAGCCCAUAGGUAGUUUAUUUUAACCAACUGUGGGUUAAAAACGUUAUACUUAAAAUAAUCGAAUAAAAUUGCAAACAAAAAUAGUUAUAAUAUAUUUUAACAAUGAAGAGAUUAUCUGCCAAAUUAGUAUUCAUGGGCUCUCAGGGAGUGGGUAAAUCAAGUAUAAUCACUAGAUACAUAAAAGGUGAUUUCAAAAAGGAAUGCGAAGCAACAAUUGGUGCUUCAUUUAUGUAUGCUAAAGUUACAUUACGAGACUAUCAAAUUACUUUAAAAGUUUGGGAUACAGCUGGACAAGAGCGGUUUCGUAGCUUAGUUCCAAUGUAUUACAGAAAUGCAGAUGCAGUUGCUAUUGUUUUUGACGUAUCAGACAGAGACUCAUUCAAUCAAGUUAAAAAUUGGAUAAAUGAAGUAAGAAAAAAUACAGACACACCUGUGGUUUAUUAUGUAGUUGGUAACAAAACGGAUCUAUUAGAUUCACGAACAAUAAUGUAUGAUGAAGGUGAAGAAUUUGCUAAUUCAGUGAAUGCCCAUUAUUGGGAAACUAGUGUUUACUCAAAUACAGGUAUUCAAGACUUAUUCACAAAAAUUGGUAGAAAUCUUAUAGAAAUAGUAGAAAGUUCAAAACCACCAGCGAAUUUAAAAGUUGAAAUUGAUCCAGAAGAAGUUCCUAACAAUGAUAGGAUAAAUAAUUCUAAGAUACAAUGUUGUACUAAUUAAUGAUUUAAUUUAAUUUGUCUAUAAAUCUCCUUAAACACCUUUAAAGAUUUGACAUUAAAUAGUGUGAACAGGGCUUUAUGAAUGUAUAUGUGUAAUAUAUUUAACGUUAUACUGAGUGAUUAUUAUAACACUAAAGGUAAAAAAUAAAAUAAUACUUUUCAAAAUAAUUAUUUUUUUUCCAUUUAAACACUUUAUUUAUGAAUUGUAUUAUCUAUUAUGACAUAACUAAGUACUAUUCACUAGGUUUUAAUAUUAAUCUAUUGUGUUUUUUUUUUGUAAAAUAUAAAGACAUUUUAAAUUGAAAACAAAUAUUCUCAUUGUUUCUUAAGUAUAAAGUUUAUUACAGUUAAUUUCUAAGUAUAAAUUGUGUUACUAUAAUCAUAUUACUUUUUUAUACUUUUAAUUAUAAGUAUAAGUGUUUUGUUAAUAAGAAUGUACACAUUUUUUAUAUGCAUACAAAAGUUUAAAAUAGCUG